CCCUAAUGUGACAAGUUUCAGCGGAUAACGAGCUCAUAGUCUCACGCUGGAUUAUUCUGAGAUAAAACGAUAUAAACAGUUGGGGGCGUCUCCGAUUUAGAAAAAAAAUGUAGCUUCGUAGAUUUUAUUGUGGAAAGAAAUUAAAUUCUACCUUUACCAUGUCUCUUACUGUUGAUAUACAGCUGAAGAGAUCAAGCAAGAUCUAUCAUCAGGGUAGGGGAAACAAAGAAAGGCAACACCCUCACUAUUGGGUGGUAUUGCUAAAUGUACAACUGUCUCCAAGGAGUGCUGGACUGAUUGAAUCACUUGUUAAUUCUUCCAAGCCUAUAUCUCUGAUAAGCCAGUCGGUGGAGGUUACCAAGUCAGGCAGGAUUCCUUCAGGACAAACAGAGAUUCCAUUUGAGCUUCCCCUCAAUCCACGUUCCUCUUCCAAAAUUCUGUAUGAAACCUAUCAUGGGGUGUACAUCAUGGUUCAGUACUCAUUGAGGUGUGAUAUCAAGCGCAGCCUUUUAGCUAAGGAUGUUUCUAAAUCACAAGAAUUUAUUGUUGAAUAUAAACCCGGAUCUGGAGACAGUGAAGAGGAAAAAGUAGUUAAUUUUGAAAUACGACCAGAAACACUGCAAAAUGUUCGUGAUCGUGCACGCAUUCCUCAGUUUCUGGUCAGAGGUCGCCUUGAUACUUCAAUAUUCCCACUUUCAAAACCCUUGACUGGAGAGCUGACAGUGUGCGAGUGUGAAAGGGGCAUCAGCAGCAUUGAGCUUCAGCUGGUGCGGGUGGAGACCUGUGGCUCUACAGAAGGCUACACCAGGGAGGCAUCUGAAAUUCAGAACAUACAGAUUGGAGAGGGUGAUGUAUGUAGAGGCAUUGCUAUUCCUAUUUAUAUGGUAUUCCCUCGUUUGUUCACCUGCGCCACUACUGUAGCUCCAAGCUUUAAAAUUGAAUUUGAGCUGAACAUAGUGAUAAUCUUUGACAAUGAUCAUCUAGUUGUGGAGACAUUCCCGAUCAAGCUCAUACGCAGUUAAAUAUUUAGCAAUACAGUCCAAGCUGCCAAAAAUUUAACCUUUAAACUGUCCAAACGUAGAUCUACACUUUUUCAACAUUUGAAAGUAGUAUGUAAAAAAAAGUAAUUUUUUUUUUUACAUAUGAAAACGUGUAAAAAACUUUGAUCUAUUUUUUUUUGUCGUUUGAAAAUAUGUAAAAAAAAUGUAGAUCUACUUUUGGAGCCCUACGCAUGUGAACGUAGAUCUGCUUGGACAGUUUAAGGGCUAAUAGGCAAAGAUUAUGUCUCCAGUGUUUUAAAAGGAAUCAGUCACAUAGUGUCUAUGAUUAAACUAUGCUUGUAUGUGCCCUCUGCUUGGAGCAAGUUGUCAAAAGUCCUUGGACCCUCAUCACAACUUGGCAUUUCUUGCAGUGGCACUGGGUGCUUUUAUCUGAGGUAAUCAUAUGUGUGAAUUUGGGAAUUUGGUGCCCAACAUGCAGAAAUGAAAGUACAUGUAUAGUUAUAUACAGCCAGCAGUAAUAAUGUGUUUCUAGCCAUCCUGGUUAAAGCCCUAAAUGCAGUUUGAUUAAAAAACUCGUUGGUCACUAACGAAAGCCAAUGAUCAUGGCAGUGCAGGGCUAUUAUUGGAAAAAGUCUGAAAAAAAAAAAAAGCAUCUGCCUGCAAGAGAUUGGAAAGGCCCAAACAGCAGAAUGUGCUCAAACACUAAAAUGGCCUCUAGGAAAGAGAGGACCCUUUUGUGUGUUCUGAAGAUGUAAUGCAGCUACUGUCAAAUGUGAAGGACGAGUGUAUGCAAGGAAUCAAAGGCCUGGAUUGCUUGAAAUUCAUUUUGAGAACCUGAGACUACAACAAAUGAAGCAGACAGUGAUGUGGAUGACAGCAGCAGCAAGAUUUAAACAUAUAUGCUCUAUUGUAAUACUGUCCUGAUUUUCUAAUUUGUUAAUCAGCAUGAUUUACAUAAAUUAUUUGCUUAG